AUGGUGAAAUCUCAAAGAUCUUCCACAACGCUAUUUCAUCAAUGGCCCAAUAAUCAUCACAAUCACAAUCACAACUCACAACCACCUACUACGCCAAGUCAUCAGCAUCAGCAUCAGCCUUCUGGUGGCAUCUCGUCGAUAUCGACACCGUUUCAAGCAUUGACCUCGAGGUCUAUUCAGCUAAACCAACCCGAUGUGAAUGUGAAUGUAAGCGUGACACCAGGUAGCCGUGCAGUGUAUGCACCAGGGUUACAAAAUAAUAGUCCUACACCAGGAUCACCUUCGCAAAUUGACCCUUUUGGUUCACAAGUCACUUCACCCGCUCCGAUCCAAUUGCAAAGUUCGUCAAGACCACCUUCAACAGUUUUGUCAUCUGGUGGAUCACCAUUACCAGGUUCAAAUCAUAGUGUAGUUACACCUAAGAUCAUUCUGGCUUCUCCGUCUACAAGCACGAUACAUUAUCUUUUUCCUAGUAGCGAUACCAAGAACGGUAUCCAUCUUUCCACUUCGACGUCCGCCAGCACCAACAUAACCCAGGAGCACUCAGGUGGUCUAGGUCAAAGUGAUGGUAAACCCUUAAAGAGAGGUCAAUCGUUAUCAAGAGGCAAUUCGGUAAAGUAUAGAAAGAACAGCCAAAAUAUUGAUCAACACCAACAAUCGCAUCGUGAAGUACCGGGACUGAAGAAUAAAAGAUCACUCCCCACUCCGAAUCUGAAACACCAACCCGAGAAAGAAAACUCAUCCAAUCCCACCAAGGUCAAUGGACCAAUUGGAGGAGUGAAAAAAUCAGAUAUAUCGAAACCUUAUCCAUCGCUUUCUGACGAAGCUAGAGAUUAUUCGAAAGGAUAUUACGACGUAGGGCCAGGCGCAGACAUGAUGGGUACUCUGAGACGACAACCUGGCAUGAAUGACCUGAUUGGCAAAAAUCGAGUGGGAUUGGUUGAGAGCCAUGAUAACAUUGUGAAGGGUGGUACUGGAAUGAAGAGAAGAGAAAGUAUCAUAUUGAAAGAGAUUGAAAAUAGACGUGAGAGGAGAGGAUGGGAAAUUGGAAGUAGACCCGCGCAUGGACACGAUCCCAUAGAACCUACCUCACCAAGUACCAAGACCAAGACUUCUACGAAUGUUACCCGUACCCAAAUCAGAGGUGCCAAUCCAAAACCUUACAUUCCACCUAUCACCGUCAUUCAACAACGGAGACGAAGUCAAUCAUUGACUUCACCUAGACCCGCACCGUCUCCACCUGCUGAUCCUCAGAAAUCACCUUUACUCCCCGCACCAGACUUGGGAGAUCCACUAUCCCUAUCUGUCGUCAUCCCCAGUCCAUCUUACUCUCAUCUCGAGUACAGUCCUGCUGGAUCCAGUGCAAGUUCCAUGUCAAGAAGUCAAAGUAAAAGAGGAGGAUGGGGUAAGAGGUCCAGUGCUAUCUUCCCUCUUUCCGUUGCGAUGUCAAGGGGAGAGACAAGAAAGGGCUUGGGUACUUAUGAUUCUGCUAAAUUGAAAGCUGAACAGGACUUUGAACAGAGGACCAUCUGGACUAAUAAUGGAAUGGGAGGUAAAAUAGCAUCGAUAAAACGGUCUGUCUCACUGAGGAAGAAAGAUAGUUCAGAUGAUACCGGAAGGAGGAUUCGACCUAGAUCCCAGUCACUUACUACCACCAAAUCUAUCAGAGGAUUAGAUGAGGCACCGCCAUUGCCUUCACCAUCUCUGAUGAAAGGUGGCUAUAUCCCAUAUGGCCAGGAGUAUACUUCCGAAGGGUAUACAGGGGAAUUAUCAAUCGAUUUAGGAAGUAGGUAUCAUCCUCAUCAUCCAGAUGGAUCUUCAACUACAUUAGAAAUGGAUCUUGCUUCUCCUCGAUCAGCUGAAACUUCCAUCUUUCCCGCUUCCACCCCCACGAGCGCAGAGUACGAAGAUCAUCAUAUCUCGAGAAACCAUACCGUAAUGGGCGAUAAUGUAAUCAGGAUCGUAGGAAGACCAUUACAUCCAGCAUUUAACGAAAGUGAAAGUUCGUUAUCGAUCCUGGCACCUUCCACGGUAGGACUGGGAUUCUCUCCUGUCGGGACACCAAUGUCACUACCUGAAUCCUUGCUUGAAGAGGCGAUAGAUUUGACCGAGACUGGAAGAAGACUUUCAAGUCCUAUGAUUGAGGCUGUGAUUACACCUCCUACACCACAGAAUCAAGGUAUAUUACCUAAACAAGCCUUUUUGGAACCACAUCAACAGCACCAUCCUAAAGGUCAACAUUCAUAUAAACACUCUCCUUGCGCUUCACCUUCGGUUGGGUCUAAUGGUUCUGGAUCGGGUAGUCAGAAAAUACCUAGAAGAUCGUUGUUAUUGGCUCAAAAUAGAUUCUACAUCCCUCCUUCACAUGCUAAACCUUCGCCACCGAUGCAAGUGGAUCCCAAGGAUGGAGUGGGAGUGGGGGGAAAUCCAGCUUUAAGAUCUAGUAAAUCCCUUCGACCAGGUAUAAUGAAAAGAGCCUAUACUUCUGGCAACCUUAAAGCUGAUGCUAAUUGUCAGCCGGGUCCAAGUGAACCUUCAUGUUCUACAUCUUUUGGAGGUUUGUUAAAAUCAGCUUCGAUUAGAUCAAAUACCAAUCGAUUCUCAAGAAUUUCGGAAAAUAACGAUCAGCAAUCACAUCAACAACAGCAUUAUGGGACCGAACGGAUUUCAUUUACAUCAUCAAUGAGGUUCAAGACACGGCCAUUGACUACUUUCUCAAUUUGUUCACCAUCUGAUGCCAUCGAACCUCUACCUCAGAGUAACUCGCCUUCACCAGGACUAGGAAUGGAAACUAAGGGUCAGACGCCCUCGCAGUCCAAAACAUUAAGAUCUAAUAGAUCGUCACCAUUCCUGUCAGCGAGUAAUUCACUAAGGAUAAUAUUCGGUAAAGAUGGAUUCGUUGCCAGAUCACUCUCACAAGCAUUUGAUAAAGACCAUAACAACCUUCACCAUCAAUCUCGAGAUAGCGUAUACAGUGAAAGAGAAAGAGAAAAAUCUUCAUCCCCUAAAUCCAAGGAGGAAUUGAAACUUCGAAUAUCAAGUCCACUUGAAGCUUCACAGAAUUCAGGAGGAGUACAAAGCAGAUAUAGAGCGUUAUCACCAGAGUACGAAGAAGAAGCUAGAGAGAAGGGAAGAGAUGCAGAUAAGAAAUGGCGAGAAUCGGUAUUGCAAGAAGCUCUUAGCAUAUCUGUAUCUAACUCAUCUAGUCUACACAAACUCGCCAACUACGAUGGGACCGAUGGUGGUGCUGUACCGAGGAUGGUAUCUUCGGGAUCGAAAAGUAGAUUAGCGAUUCCAGAUCAACUUUUAUCAGCACCCAAUAUACGUGAUUCGACCAUGAGUAAUGGGACUGAUGGAUUGAGAGGCAUAGGCGAGAGUAUGUUGAACUCGAAUAACAGUUUGGAAAGUAGUUUGAAUCUUAGAGCUGUGAUCAUGCAAGUUUGCAACGAAAAGGAAAAGGAGAAGGAGAAGGAAACGGGUAAAACUAGGAUCUUGGAGGCAGUGGGUAAAGAAGAAAGUAUGAUUUCAGCUCCGAGCUUUUACUCUAACAACGCUUCUACAUAUUUCGAAAAACCUUCAAACUCCACACGUAGAUUGCAAGGUAAAGGUCUACCAUCUUCUUUCUCAAUAGCCGAAUUGACCAAGGGAAAAAGGUCAAUAUCUAAAUCGAAAUCGAAACAUGAAGCAAAAAGUGAUAGAUUAAAUAUCAGACAGAUCAGUCAACCUAUACCUAUGUCAGGCCCUCUAAGUUAUAAUGAUCGGAUCAAAACUUUCGAUUUGAACACUACUAAUCCUGAAGAGGAGAUUAUGGGACAGUUGGUCGAUCCUUCUUUCCAAGAUGACACUCGAAGAUCCACUAACAAUAAUGGCAUUGGAGGAUCCAUGAAGGGUAGGAAUAUAUCAGCUAGAUCAAGUAUAUUUGGUCUAAGAUCCAACUCAGGAUCCAAAUCACCUGAACCCUCUUCCAACUCUAGAAGUGGAUUUGGGUUAUCCUCGAGGUUGUCUCUAAGGAAUAAAUCCGUAGGAAAGAACGGUAUCUCCUCAAAUGAUUAUCCCACCAGCACCAAUACUGUUACAAGCAGUAGUAUGCGUACCUCAUCUCACCAACACCAUCAUCCAGCAGUAAUAGAUACCCUCUUAGCUAGAGAUGAUACCGUCCAAGCAGAACAUGUCCAUCUCACCACCGGUACAACCAACGAUCGAGAUAAGUUGCGUAAAGUACUUGAAUGGAGGGAUGAAGUGGGUGAUAACGAGCAUUUAGCUAGGUUAGAGCAGAAAAUUAGGGGUUUUGUGAUUGAUGAGAGGGAGAGAGUUAGGGAUAUAGGAAGGAAGAGUAUUGAGGGUUAA